GUACCAAACAGUAAUCACUUGAACAAUCAGGGUCGAAACCUGAAUCAGCAGCAGAACAGAAGACCAACUGAAGAACUGAGAGCGAUUGGACACCAUGGCCUCCACCAUGUCUGUGCGCAGCUACUCGGUGCGUCAGCCCUCCUUAUCCAGCAUGUCCGUCAGGGACAGCGGACGCAGCAUCCACUCCAGGACCCCCAUCCCUAUUGGCUCGCUGUCCUUGUCCCGUUCCGUCUCCAUGGGCAACGGCCUCAACAUGCUGGGCACCAGCCUCUCCCUCAACAACCACAACUCGGCAAGCGACAAGGAGACCAUGCAGGGCCUGAACGACCGGCUGUCCAACUACCUGGAUAAGGUGCGCUCGCUGGAGAGGUCCAACACUGAGCUGGAGGUGAAGAUCAAGCAGCACAUGCUGGAGAAGGCUCCAAAGGGACACGACAUCGAGGGGAUGAUGGCCCAGGCACACGUCAUCGGGCAGGAGGUGAGGAAGAAGACGCUGGAGAAUGCCCGCAUCAUGCUGGAGAUUGAUAAUGCCAAGCUGGCGGCCGACGACUUCAGGGUCAAAUGGGAGGCGGAGGCCACCUUGGCCCAGUCGGUGGAGAGGGACUGUCAGGCUCUGAAGAGGGCAAAGUCUGACCACGACCAAAUCAUCGCCACUCUGCGAGGAGACCUGGACAGCCUGAAGGAGGAGCUCUACUUCCUGAAGAAAAAUCACGACGAGGAGAUGAAUUUAAUGAAGUCUCGUUUGGCCAACGAGCAAGUGAGCGUCGAGGUGGAUGCGGCUCAAGGUCCGGAUCUGGGAGCCAUCAUGGCCGAGCUCAGGGUCCAGUAUGAGGGCAUCGCUCGCAAGAACAAGGAGGAGUCCGAGACCUGGUACCUCAAGAAGUUGGAAGCAGUGCAGUCGGAGGUCAAAGAAAACAACGAGGCUUUGCGUUGUGCCCAAAGUGAGCUCGUUGAGAGACGACGUUUCCUGCAGGCUCUGGAGGUCGAACUCGACAAUCUCCGGAAGCAGGUAGGUGUGUUUGAGGGAAACCUGGCAGAAACGGGGCACAAGUACUCCGUGGAGAUGGACCGUCUUCAGGCCACACUGACACAUCUGGAGGACGAGCUGUCUCAGCUGCGUCUGGACAUGCAACGCAACAAGACCGACUACGAACAGCUGCUGCGCAUCAAACAGAACCUGGAGAUGGAGAUCGCCACCUACAGGAGGCUGCUGGAGGGAGAGGAAAUGGUGAAAGAAACACCUCCACCUCCUAAAAAAGAACCCGAUGUAAGGACCAGGAAGAUUGUAAAAGUCGUCACCCAGACAAUGAUCAACGGGAAGGUGGUGGACGAGUCCAGUGAGGUGGAGCAGAUCGAGGAACGCAAGAAAUGAGCCAAAGAGUACAAAGAGAAGAAGAUGUCUCUUAAACCCAAAGCCUGCUGACUGAGGAUCAAGUCUCAA